ACAUUAAAUAUUAUCUCGGCUCGGCGUUAGUUACACACACGACUGUUUGUGGCGAUAAAUAAAUAUUCACAUGGUGAUAUGUGUAGAUUCCUGCUAAAAUUAUUAUUUAUGUAAUAUUGUUUCCUCGCUGCAGUGCAAUGUUCGAUUUUAAUAUUUUCUCUAAAUAAUUUAUAUCAAACAAUAAUUACAUAAAAGACAUUUAAUUUGUAUAAGUGCACAAAUAUAAACUUAUCGAUGCGGUACUAUUGAAGCUGUCUACAUUUUGAAAUUAAGUAGUUUAAAUCAGAUUUUUCGAAAAUGUCAAACUGGAUCGGUUAUGCUAUAUCGGUUAAUUGUGGUGAGCCUUUAGGCUGCUACCAGGGAACAAUUUUAGAGGCAGAUGGAAACACAAUAACUUUAACAAAGGCCUUCAGGAAUGGCUUUCCUUACCCAAAGGCACAAGUGACUCUGAAUGCAGCUGACAUUAAAGAUCUGAAGAUAAUAGAGUCCCGGGCCCAACCAAGUGAACAGACGCACAGUACAGUGGCUGUCACUAAGAAUGGCAAAAAGGCACAAAGAGCAACAGUUUGUGAAAACUUGCAAGCAAACCCAACAAGUUCAGGUAACCAGGCAGGAAGCAGCAGCACGAGCCAGGGGGGAGGCGGGGGCGCGGGGCCGCCGUGCGCGGGCUGGGCGGGGCUGACGGCGCGCGCGGCGGUGCUGGGCGGGCUGCCGGCGGCGCUGGCGCCGUCGCUGGGCGCGCAGUACCUGGCGGACGUGUGCGUGCCGGCGGCGAUGUUCGCGGAGCUGGAGGUGGAGUACCGGCCCCCCUUCGGAGCCAGUGCCGUGCUGGCGCUGCACCUGGCCACGGACGCGGACUGA